GGGCAAGACGGCAGCAGAAAAAGGAAAAGACAAAGUUGCAAGCACCUCCGCUACACCCACAUCCACAAUGACCUCCAAAGACCCCACGCCGGCAAUGGACCCUUCGCUGUUCGUUCCACAAGACAAGGCGAGGCAGGACAAGUUGCAGAGGGAGAAGCAUGUGUGGAAGUACGCAGAACAGGGUCAAGAAGCCGGGGAGAAAGGGAGAGGCGAGUAUUGGGUGGGGUGUCGGUUGUGCAUGCAGAUUUGGAGGGGCACGAGCUCAAGAGCGGUGGAACAUUACCUGAAGACGCAAAAGCCGUGUCCAUCGCGCACAGGGGAAAUGGUGAAUGAGCUCGUCAACUCCAGGGGGAAAGUGCUGCCGGGUGAUAAGAAUACGCGGUACUGGCUGAAGAAUUACAGGCCGCUGCAUGGGAUUCCAGAAGGGGGGGUCGAUCAGACGGAGAAGGCCGACGAGGUGGUCGAAGUUCCCGCAUACCUUGAGGCACAGCCACCGCCCACUGCGGGCAGGGCUGCUCCACCAUGUGAUGCAGGGGAUUUGCACAAGGAGAAUGCUUUGGAGGCGGCGGGGGGUGAGGCGUCGGGGUCGAACACACAACUGUCCUCAUUGCAGCAGUCAACAAUAAGGAGGUGGGUGGACAACGAUGCGGAGAAGAAACUGGACAUUGCAUGGGCGGAGGCCAUGUUUCGUGCUGGGAUCCCGUUCAACUUCCUGAACUUCGAUACCACCCAGAAACUCCAUGAAGUGUACCUGCAGGUGGCAAAGUCAAGACCGCAGAAGACGGUGGAGCAGUUGACGACUUGUUGGGAUGUGAGCGGGUGUACUUUCAUCACAGACGGAUUGAGUGAUCGUCGGGAGCGGCCCGUGAUGAACUUCUUGGCAGCUGGGGUGGAUGGGGCGGUUUUGGUGGCGAUGGUGUCAAUGUCCGGGAGGAAGAAGACCGGACCUGUAUUGGCGAAACUUUGGGAGCAGAUCAUGAGGGAAAUCGGACUGCGUCGAAUCAAUGCGAUCUGCACUGACAACACGGAGGUCGACAAAAGGGCGGCUCAGAUCCUGGAGCGACGAACGAACAAGGAGGUAGCAAGGAUUUUGUGGCUUCCUUGCGCUGCGCAUUGCCGCAGCCUUCUCUUACACGACCUCAGCAAACUCGAUUGGGUGAAGCACACCGUUAAGAGGGGUCACACAAUCGUCAAGUUCAUCAGAAAUCACCACAGCACAAACAGUCUAAUGAUGACAGUGGACAAUUCGCUGUCUCUUCUUCGGCCCACGAAGGUGCGCUUCGGGUUAGUCUACCGAAUGUUGGAGAGGAUAUACGACAGGAGGGCGGUGUUGAAGGACAUGGUCAACGGUCGGAAUGCAAUAAAGUGGAAUGCGAUCCGAUGGUCCACGUCGAAGUUGAGGGCCAGAUCGGAUCUGGUGUACUUCACAUUGAGGAGUGAUCAGUGGUGGACGGGGUUGAACAAGGUGGUUGAGGUGAUGGAGCCCGUGUACGGCCUCUUGAGGCGGAUGGAUCAGGAUGGUACCGGUCCCACAAACCUUGUCGAGUAUGACGACAUGAUAGAGAGGAAGCUUAGCCAUGUCGUUCUUACGGUGGAGCAUCGGGCGAGCGUGAUGGAGAAAGUCAAAGAUCGCAUGAAGAUGAUGCGGCAGCCCGCCCACGCAGCAGCCUUUCUUUUGGACCCUCGCAGGAGAGAACCGAGGUGGUUGCAUGACCAAGACAGUGCGCUUGUGCAGAAUACCAUGCGCUUUCUCUCAUGGCAGGUUGGAGAUGUUGACAAGAAGACACCGCCAGAAUGGUGGGCAGCACACGAUGGCGACGUGCCCGAAUUGCAGAAGGUUGCGAUCAAGGUUAUGGGCAUGUGGAGCACCGCAUCACCGACGGAGAGGAACUGGGCUUCCAUGGACUUCAUCCAUUUCAAACGGAGGAACAAGUUGUCACCAGAAAGGUUGGCGAAGCUAGUGUACAUACACUGGAACAUGCAGCUACUGCGUGUUCCAGAGACUAAGAACAACGGAUUUGUGGACUUGUGGUGUGACUUCGUCGAGCCCGCCCCGGAGCCUGAAGAGAACGAUGGAUCGGUGUCGAAGGGGCCCGAGGAUGAGGCUGAGAAGACAGAGGAGGAGCUUGUACGGGAACGGAGGCUCACAAAGACUCCGAAGGGAAGGGUUCCAAAAAAUCUCAAGGACAAGGACGAAGAGAUCACGGAUGACAGUGAUUUGGAUGACGAGCUGUGGAAGGGGAAGUGCGGAUCGUCGGAGGACUCGAGUGGCAGCGAAGAGGAUGACAACGAUGACUCCGAUUUCGAGCUACGACCGGAGUCGUCCGUCCCAGGCACGACGUACGUCGGAAGGAGGCGGACCAGACGACAUCGCAAAGAAGAGCCACGCCUGGCAGCGACGGAGCUCGGGGUGAGGGAAACUGCACUGUACAAGCAAUCUGAUGUCGAGUUCGCACGGAUAGACACGGAUGUCGAGACGUUGCUGGAAACGAGGGUGGACGGAGAUGAGGAGGAUGCGAACCGUGCCAAGGCUAUGGCUGACCGGGAGACCGAACUCGUCAACAAACGUAUGAUGGAGGAGGAGGCCCGUCGUGCAGCUAUCCCAACCCGAAGAGAGAUCGAGAGAGGUCUCAAACAAGCCAGGGAGCCCCAACAGCAUAUCAAUCAGGCAUUGGAGGUUGAGGAAGAAGGAGAAGAGGAGGAGGAGCACCAGGCUGAGGUGGGAGAUUACAUGGAACAGGACGAAGAGGCGGAGGGCAUGGUGCAACCACAGUCGGGAGAGGAGAUGGAGCACCAAGAAGAAGAGGAAGGCACGGUGCAAGGCGGGGAGGAAGAGGAAAUGCAGCAGGAAGAGGAGGGGGAAGGACUGGCGCAGCAGAAGAUGCAGCAUGGCGAGGUCGGUACGGGCCGCGAAGACGAGCCCCAUCCCACAACGACAGCAGUCUACACACGCAGGCCCCGACUGCCGGAGUUUCUGGAGUCCGAGGAGAAGAUACCGGAAUUCCCCGCAAUGAGGGAGGAUGUCCAGCAUGACAACCUGUGGAGGGGCGGUGCUGCCGGUGGAGGUGCUGCUGAUGGAGUGGAGGUCUGCAAGGAGAGUUGGAGGAGGAGAAGGGAGGCAGCCAUAGCUGAGGGCUGGGAGCUUUUUGCCCCACCGUUGCGAGUGUGCUGUGUAUGUGGGCUGGUGCUGCGGUGGGAAGGCUGCGUCAGGGGCCGGACGGUGCGGCAAGCGGCACCUAUUUUAGUGGGGUUAUGCUGCCGGACUGCCGCCUCGGCGUCAAGACCUUCCAAAAGGGAGGUGCUGCCGGAUUUUUGCGGCGGCGGCGUUUGGGUUUACGGCAGUGGUGUGGAAGCGCUGCUGGAUUUUUGCGGCGGCGGCGUUGGGUUUUWCGGCAGUGGUGCAGAAGCGCUGUGUCGUUCCCGAGUUGUCUCUGUUUUUGUUUUGUUUCUCCUGCGUGACAUGGCCGGAAGGCUCUCUUUCGCAAAGGCGAGAGCCGAUGCGCUCGACAACGGUGCUCCCGUUCUCUUCGUCUGGAAGAAGAACAAGGACUUGCGGUUGUGCAUCGAAUAUCGCAAACUGAACACGCAAACCGUCAAGAACGUUGGCCCUCUUCCGCGCAUUGACGACCUUCUCAAACGGUUGGGUGGCGCCAAGUUCUUCUCCAAGCUUGAACUCAAAUCGGGAUAUCACCAACUCGAGAUCUGGCAGGAGGACCGCUAUAAGACCGCGUUUAAGACGCGACAUGGGCAUUUCCAAUGGCUGGUUAUGCCUUUUGGCCUUACGAAUACCUCGGCCACGUUCCAAGCGGCUAUGACAACGGAGUUCCGACACAUGCUGGAUAGAUUUGUACUCAUCUACCUCGACGAUAUCUUGGUGUACGGCCGGAGUUUGGACGAGCAUGUGGAGCAUCUGCGCACCGUUUUGGAAAGGCUACGACAAGCCAAGUUCGAAGCCAACCGCGACAAAUGCAAAUUCGUCUUGGAACAACACGACGACGACGACUGGCAUCCCGUGGAGUUCUUCAGCCACCAGGUGUCUCCCAUCAACUCACUUGAUGAUGCAAGGAACAAGGAGCUGCUCGCGUUCGUGAUGGCUCUCAAGCGAUGGCGACACUUCCUCCUUGGGUGUCACAGGUUCACAUGGGUCACGGAUAACAACCCGUUGACCUACUACAAGACGCAAGAUACAUUGAGCAGCACUAUCGGACGGUGGAUGUACUUCAUCAACCAAUUUGACUUCACACCGAAACAUCUCGCUGGCCUAUCCCAUGGCGCAACAGAUGCACUCUCGCGAAGACCCGAUCUUUGCGCAAUGACACAUCAUGCCUUCGCAUUCGAUGAGGAACUUCGGCGGCAUUUCAUUCGGGGCUACCAGUUUGAUCCAGAUUUCGCCAUGCUAUAUGCGCAGCUAUCUUCGGAUCACCCGCCGGCCAGCGAUUAUCGCAUCUUCGACGGUGUGUUUAUUGGCAAUCAUCCCGCUGCUCCAACUUCCUAUGCAGCUUGCGUUCUGCUCGGACUAGAUGAGCUUCUUGAGCCUGGUGCAGACGGGGGUGCCCGCUGGGAACAUCUUCAGCCAGUUUCACGAAACAGCGUUAGCAAUCAAUUGAAUGGCUGCGUCAAUGUUUCUUCCAUCCACUCUGAUGUCGCCAUGACGAGUGAUGAGUCUGCUGACACGAGGUCUGGCUCCUCAUGCCUGUCGCUUGAAACUGCAUCGGUGUGGAAAGCGGCUGGGUUAUCUGUAUCGGAAAGAAAUGGAAAAGUACCGAUGCUCCCAACGGUGAAGAAACUGGCCAUCAAGGAGCAUCACACAACCAUCUUUACAGGGCGUGAUGACUGUGACCUGGGGAGAAUGGCUGGGAGAACCGGCCUGCAGGCUACGCGGAAUAAUCUGCUGCAAAACAAUGGCAGCCAAGAUGCAGAUGCGCAGAGGAAAGCUUUGGACAUCGCAGAACGCGGCAAUGGAAUUGCAAUGCCAAGAGAACAAGAAGUCGACAAAGGGUCACACAUGGUGGGAAUGGGAGCCCCAAAUGAUGACGAAUCAGGCAUUGAUGACCGCUUCUGGCAGGUGGCAAGGUGUUUGGAGCUGGUGAUGGCGCAGAAGGGCUGGAGUUGGUGCUAUCAAGACAUAAUUUUUCGGCGGCUGAUGCCCAUUCUUCGGAGAGGUCAAGGAACUAAAGCUCAUUGUAGAUCAGCACUUCUGAUCGGUGUCCUAGGAAGAGCGGCCCUUUCACAUGGUCAAAACCUGCAUGGAUUAUCCGAUAUGCGAAAAUGUCUUCAGUCGCUCAUGAUUGACAGUGGAGAUCUUCAGCAGGACAAUGAUCGAGACUCGAGAGGAGGUUGGGUGGAGGACACAGUCGUAGAUGAUCAAGCAGCAUCCUCAGGCUUGGCACAUGCAGUAGUAGUACCACCUAUCGAACCAGCGGAUGGCGAAAUGUGGCCCAAUGUUUCAGCGACAGGCUUUCGCAGUGGGAAAGGCUUUCUCUUUUUGCACGGAAGUGUAAACCAGGUGAACCAGGCUGUAUCUUGUAUUGCAUUCAAAGAUCAGACUCUGAACGUGCGACAGGUGGCACAAAGGGCAUUACAGAUGCUGGAGAUGUCGGUCAGGACGGCUUCGGCAGUUAAGGCUUCCCUGGAGUGCAAUGGCGAACAAGUGUCAGCAAGCAUGAAUGGUCAGACUCAUCAUCCAUGUCCGACUUCGACUUCGUCACUACGGAAUGUGAAGGUAGGUCUCUCUCUGCCAUAAUCGUGACAAUGAUGAUUGCUUUGUGCUGCUGCUGAAUGGCCUUCCACGAUUCAGACCCCAAAUUCGAUCUCUGGGUCAGAUGCCCUGGUCAAGAAAAGGUCGAGUUCGUCAAACUCAGAAAAGUCACAGUCGGGUACCUCAGCAGUCUGGUCCAACAGGCACCCAGCAAACAGUCACAUCUCAGGGACAAGAGUCACGUCUCAUAAUAAAAAGCCAAUUUGAAG